AAAUGCAGGGCUCGUCCUUUACCCUGACGUCAGAUCUGUCUUCAAUAAAACCUCCCUUAGAGCCCAAAGGGAAGAGUCAGACCCGCUGUCAACCCCGGCUGCGCUCUGCAUUCCCUCAAAGAGGUGCCUAAUUUGUUCCAAAAGGAGUUUUAUUUUCCCCCCUUUUAAAAGAUCUGGGUUCAAUCAAUGUCUUUCAUCCUGACUUCCAGUGAUGAGGUGGCUUCUGCCGUGGAUUCUAGCAACCAACGGCAUUCUGCAGGUCUUUGCCCAGAACAUCACCACGACCACAACUACCAUGUCACCCCCUGCCACCUCCUCCGCAACCGAGGCUUACGCACGGACGGAGUACUGUAAGUGGCCGUGCGAAUGUCCGAAGACGCCGCCCGCCUGCCCGGUGGGUGUCAGCCUGAUGACUGACGGCUGUGAGUGCUGCAAGACGUGUGCCAAGCAGCUGGGGGAGAACUGCACCGAGGCAGACACUUGCGACGUCCACAGGGGGCUGUACUGUGACUACAGCAGAGACAGACCUAGGUACGAAAUAGGAGUGUGUUCACAAAUUGUCGGCCUCGACUGCAUCCUCGAUGGGGUCAGGUACAAGAACGGACAGUCCUUCCAGCCCAAUUGCAAGUACAAUUGCACCUGCAUCGGAGGAGCUGUGGGCUGCGUCCCCACCUGCAGAGACUCCAAGCCGCCCCUCGUUUGGUGCCCCAACCCCAAACAGAUUAAGUUGAAAGGGCAGUGCUGCGAACAGUGGGUCUGCGACGACUCCAAGAAAAUCAGAAAGACCUCCCCACGGCACAUCUCCUCUGCAGUUUACGAAGGGGAAAUUGAGUCGUGGCAGAAAAACUGCAUCCCCCACACCUCUUCCUGGAGUCCCUGCUCGAAGACCUGCGGGAUGGGCACGUCCCAAAGAAUCUCAAAUGAGAACGACCAGUGCCGCCUAACAAAAGAGAGCCGGCUCUGUAACAUGCGCCCAUGUGAAGAGAACAUCGCCAAGCACAUUAAGCCUGGAAAGAAAUGCUUAGCAGUGUACAGGAGACAGGAGCUGAUGAACUAUACUCUGUCUGGAUGUGUGAGCAAGGCAGCUUACCGGCCAAAAUACUGCGGCAUCUGUGUGGACAAUCGCUGCUGUACUCCGUACAAGUCGAAGACCAUAGACGUGAGCUUCGUGUGCCCGGAUGGGACGGGGUUCUCCAAGAAAGUGAUGUGGAUCAACGCCUGCUUCUGCAACCUGAGCUGCAAGAGCCCCAACGACAUUUUCGCUGACUUAGCUCAUUAUCAUGAUUACUCCGAAGUCGCUAAUUAAGUUGGCUGGGUAUGAUGGCAUGUGCAGGGAGGGAGGGAGG